GUCUUCUCCAAUCACAGCUAACAAAGAUGAACCAAAUCGCCUGUGGAAGAUCCGCCGGUAACACCGCAUUUUUGUCCCUCAACUACAUCCGUCCACUUUACGCAGCUCUGCCUCUUCUAUUCGCCGGAGCCACCGCCACCUCCACCUCCACCACCGUCCGCCGCCAGUUCAGCACUCCCGCGCGUACGCUCAACAGACUUCACUCUCCCGUCCCUCGUCAGACACCACUAUUCUCCGGCGCCACCGCCAUCGUCCGCCGUUACAGCAGCUCUCCCGGUCAUAAUUUCAACAGCUACCAAAUUGAGCCGCCGACGAACUGGGGAAUCCGGAUUGUGCCGGAGAAGAAGGCGUGCGUGAUUGAGCGGUUUGGUAAAUACGUAAAGACUUUGCCGCCGGGGAUUCACUUCCUUGUUCCUGGUGUUGAUCGUAUCGCUUAUGUUCAUUCCCUCAAGGAGGAAGCGAUUCCUAUUGGGAAUCAGACUGCUAUUACCAAGGAUAACGUUAGCAUCCACAUCGAUGGUGUUCUAUACGUCAAGAUUGUGGAUCCUAAGCUAGCUUCUUAUGGCGUUGAGAAUCCAAUCUAUGCUGUUGUACAGUUGGCUCAGACUACAAUGCGUAGUGAGCUCGGUAAGAUUACACUUGACAAGACUUUUGAGGAACGAGAUACUCUCAAUGAGAAGAUAGUGGAAGCCAUCAAUGUUGCUGCCAAAGAUUGGGGUCUUGAGUGCCUUCGUUAUGAGAUAAAGGAUAUCAUGCCUCCUAAUGGAGUGAGGGUUGCUAUGGAAAUGCAAGCUGAAGCUGAACGUAGAAAGAGAGCCCAGAUUCUCGAGUCUGAAGGAGAGCGCCAAGCCCAUAUCAAUAUCGCUGAUGGUAAGAAAAGUUCUGUAAUCUUGGAAUCAGAAGCUGCAAGGAUGGACCAAGUCAAUCGAGCAUCGGGUGAAGCAGAAGCAAUAUUAGCUAGAGCACAAGCCACAGCCAGGGGACUGGCCAUGUUAUCUCAAUCCCUCAAUGAAACUGGUGGAGUGGAGGCUGCCAGUUUGAGAGUUGCGGAGCAAUACAUUCAAGCGUUUGGCAACAUUGCUAAGGAGGGUACAACAAUGCUGCUUCCAAGUUCUGCUGCAAAUCCUGCUAACAUGAUCGCUCAAGCUUUAACAAUGUACAAAAGCCUCGUCCCCAAUGGAGGUCUCCAGCCAAACUCAUCCUCUGACAACGUGGUUACGGAAGCUUAAACUUUCACUCUCCUGCAUUGCACCUAGAAGCAAGCUUUGGUAGCUGAACUAGGAAGAUUUAUUCUUUUGACCUAGGAAAGAUCAUAAACCAAAAUUUAGCUUUCUUUUUCCCCCAUACGAAAGACAGUUAUCUUACCUUAUUAUAGUGGUUUUGCCUAGUAGAAAACAGAUCUAAACUCUAAUCUCAAGUAGAAAAGGGUUUUGCACAACCAGAUUUGAUCUUAAUAUUGGCUUUUAUUCUCUGAUAUCAUUAAUUCAAUA